AUGUCGCCACUGUCACCCGCCGCCGCUGUCACGGUCGCCGUUAUCACCAUGGCGACUCUGUCAUCGUCACCAACCGCUCUCAUCCUCACCGCCGCUAUCUUCGUCGUCGUCGCCGCCACCGUUACCGUCGCUGCCUUAUGCACGACAGAGGCUUUGAUCGAGGAUAUUGAGAUGGACAAGAGAGUCACAGUCAACUCUUUGGCGCGUCCGCUCUACCAGGACUACUCGCAAGACCCAUUCUUGGGUCGCUAG